UAGUCUCCCCCUCUGUUAUGUAUGUGAUUCUCCAUGCUAGGGGGAGUGGCCAGGAGCAGAGACACAGCUUUAUAAUACCAUCACCACCAUCCCUGUUCUCACUCAUUCACCCAGCUCUGGCAGGAUCCUUGCAUUGCUGCUGGCGGUGUGCUCACAGCCUCCUGAGAUCUCAUGUCUCUCAUUCAUUCCCCGGUCUGACCCAGCUGGCUUAGAAUAAUAGCUCGCGUUCUUAGAAGUGGAAGAAAGGUAAGAACCUAAGAACAUUGUUUUUCUCUGUUCCCCAGAAUAAGUGAUAAUGUUUUCUUUGUGAAUGUGCACUGACUGAAUCGGUUUCCAGCUUAUUUAUUUCCAAGACGAUAUGAUACCUGCUAUCCAUCUGCUGUGGGCUACCUGAGCAUGAUAGGGAUUGUAGUCCGACUUCCUGAGCUUGCCAUGUCGUCAUCCAUGGGACAAUCCCCUGACAAGAGAAGCAGUCGCAUGAUGCACCUGUUUUAGUCAUCCAGCUUUUCUUGGGACUAUAAUACCCUUAAUCCUGGACAUGAAAUCUGGGAAUUGUAGUCUAAGGACUGUCUAUUCUCUCUGCCGAUAAAGUGCAGGUUGUUUUAGCUAAAUCUUGAAACCGGUCCCUUUAAAAUUUGCCUGCAGGAUCUUAUCCAGUGUGUUACAAUUUAUAAACAGAUAAAAGGCUUUUCUAGUUAGCUAUUGCAUUUCUUUGUUGUAGCAUGGGGUAUAAAAUGAACGAUUUUUAUCCAAUAAAAAGAUCUGACAAUGAGGAAAAAUUAAGGAGGCUCUAAACUGCUCCCUCACAGCAAAGCUUUAUUUGAUAAACCAAUUCCCAUGUGAAAUGAAAAAUAAUGUGGGUUUAAAAUUUCUCUUUAAUUUGCUUGGUAGAUAAAUGACAAAACUUCGCAUUUUCUAUCAAAAUGAAUAUUCAACAAUGGUGUGAUGGUUUGUAGUCUGCUUGUUCAUAGUUAAUACUGUGCCAAUGCCUGCCUCUGCCACCCACCCUUCAUGACUGCCCAGAUUCAGACUGGACUGGUUCUGGUGCCCAGGGCCUCCUAAUCUACACAAACAUUCGUUCAAACUAAUAAAAUGCAUGUGAUUAAAUCAAAUAUUAAUGUGUAAAUGCAUUGCCUGGCAUAUAGAAUGUGAUUCACUUGAAAAUAUUAAUUACAGGUCAUAUAAUGACAUUUUUUAUUUUCCAAUAAUUUAUUGUUAUAGGACCAGAUUCUGCAAACGCUGUACAAGAGAAAUUUAAUUUUUAUAGUACUAUUUAUGGCCCAAUGUUCAGAUCACAGUCUAUAAAAAUAUAAAAAUAAUUUAUUUAUUUUUUUAAAUGAAUUAAUUUAGCAUGUUGUUACAUUAAUCUACUAAUUGCUCAUUAUCCUCAUAUAUUCAAAGUGUGUCAAUAGUGAGCUAACAUCCCAUUGUUCUGAUAAAGGACACAAAAUAGAUGAGUCAGAAAAUGCUUCUCAAAAUUGUGAAUAACUGAAAGUAGCUAAAUUAUCAACAUUAAAGAGACAGUCUAAGAUACAUAAAUAACACAGGUUGGUGUAGUGGAUAUGGUGCCUAGACUCCAUACUGUGGUUUUAUGUCACACCAUUUAGACCACCACUUCUUUAACUACAUUAAUAAUGUGAAACACUUUUGCAGAGGUGAUGUUUGACAUCUCCAAAACGACAAGUCUUUUGGGGUGUUUAGUACAUACCAAAAAUAAUGUAAAAAAAGACCACGGGUGAAUUGGUGUCAGGGUCAUGGGCGCCCAGGGCUCAUUGAUGCGUGGGGAGUGAAGAUUAGCCAGUCUGGUCCGAUCACACAGAAGCUGUACUAUAGCUCAAAUUGCUAAAAGAGCACUAUAUACAUGUAUUCAUGACCCUAUUGUGUUAAAAAAAAUCAUCUUGCUCCUCUUUGCCCCCUAAAUAUAGUCAAUUUUUACCUUAUUCCAGUCUGCAGGUGCUAGCUUUGCCCCCGAUCUGCCUGCUUGGCUGACAUCAUCAAAAGGUAUGAUCUGAGCCAAUCACAAUGCUUUCCCCUAGGAAAAUAUUGGAUUGGCUGAGUUUGUCAAGUAGGCAGAUCAGGGACAGAGGCAUCACAAGCCAAACAAAGCCUCUGUUAGGAAAGUUCAGUGUCUCCAUGCAGAGGGUGAAUGUUAGACAUGUGCAAUUCGUUUCUUUCCGAAUGUGAAUUCGGACAAAUAUUGGGCAAUUCGGACAUUCGGAUGCUUCCGAAUGUCCAAAGUGCUGAAGUGCCGAAUUUCAGAAGUGUCGAAGUGCUUAGGAUUUCGGAAAAGUGGCAAAAGAAGAGAGGGAGAGAAAAUUACGUGAAUGAUGACAGGGGUAGGGGUAGGGUUAGGAGAAGGGUUUGGGCUAGGGUUAGAGGUAGGGUAAGGGGUAGGGGUAGGGUUAAGGAGCCCUACAGAUGUCCUGAAAUGCCAAAGUUCCGAAUUGCCAAAGUCCUGAAUUGCCGGAGUUCCGAAUUGCUGAAGUCCCGAAUUUCUGAAGUGCCGAACUGAACCGAAUUGCCCAGGUGAAUUUCUGAACCAAAUUUUUACCCAUGCACAUCCCUAGUGAAUGUGAAUGCACUGCCCAAGGAAGCUCCUCUAGUAGCCAUCUGAGGAGUGGCCAGUGGAGGUAUCCAUAGGCUGUAAUGCAAACACUGCAUUUUCUCUGAAAAGACAGUGUUUACUGCAAAAAGCCUGAAGGGAAUGAAUGUACUCACCAAAACAAAUGCAAUAAACUGUUGUUGUUCUGGUGACUAUUGUGUCCCUUUAGUGUUGCCCAUGAGAGAAAGGUGUGAGAACACACAGUGUGUUGCAGUUAACUAUAUGUGGGGCUGCGUAACCACAGACCCGCCAGAGUGCCCAAGACCUUUGUCCACUGCUGAAAGUGCCUUGGUGCCUUUACUGGGGUCGUGAGCAUAGGAACUGGACCAUUGAGCAAUAGAAGAAGGUUUCCUGGUCUGACGAAUCAUGUUUUCUGUUAGAUCAGGUGGAUGGACGGGUGUGUGUACCUUGUUUUCCUGGGGAUGAGAUUGCAGCAGGAAGAAGGCAGGCCAGCGGAGGCAGUGUUAUGCUCUGGGCAAUGUUCUGCUGGGAAACCUUGGGUUCAGGUAUUCAUAUAGAUGUUACUUUGAAACACACUACCUACCAGACCCAUUCAUGGCAAUGGGGUGCCAUGAUGGCAGCUGCCUCUUCUAGCAGGAUAAUGCACCCUACCCCAAGAGUAACUUUGGUUUUUAUUGUAUGCAUUAGGGUUUAUGUCUAGAGGCUACUCCUGGGGUCCAUGGGAGUUUGAGCACAGGACUUAUUUUUAUAUUUCAUAUUGCUUUUGUAUCACACAGCCAUGUUACAAUGUUGCCGCCCACCCCAUAUGUUCCCUAUUAAUAGUUAAAGGACCACUAUAGGCACCCAGACCACAAAAAAAGUUUCAGGAAUGGUUUGAGGAACAUGACAAAGAGUUGAAGGUGUUACCUUGGCCUCCAAAUUCCCCAGAUCUGAAUCUGAUUGAGCAUUUGUGGAUAGUGAUGUCCCGAACUGUUCGCCGAACGGUUCGCGAACGGUUUGCCGCGGACUCAUCAUUGAGUAACCUUUGACCCUGUACCUCACAGUCAGCAGACACAUUCCAGCCAAUCAGCAGCAGACCCUCCCUCCCAGACCCUCCCACCUCCUGGACAGCAUCCAUUGUGAAGCUGCAUUCUUAGUUAGCUGUCCAGGAGGUGGGAGGGUCUUGGAAAGGGGGGGGGGGGUCUGCUGCUGAUUGGCUGGAAUGUGUCUGCUGACUGUGAGGUACAGGGUCAAAGUUUACUCAAUGAUGAGUCCGUGGUGAACCAUUCGUGGCGAACCGUUCGCGAACCGUUCGGCGAACAGUUCGGGACAUCACUAUUUGUGGGAUUUGCUGGAAUAACAAAUCCAAUCCAUUGCUGCACAAGGUGGACCUACAUGACCAACACCAAAUAAGGCAGGUGGUUUAAAUGUUGUGGCUGAUCAGUGUAUAUGUCUAUAUGAUUUAAAAAAGAAGAUGCUAAAGAAUGUAGCACGAAUGGGUGAUAUUUUAAAAGGCAAAGAGGGGGAGGCAAUGAAAGCAUGAAAUUUAUUCAGCAGUUCCCAUAGCAACACAUGGGUCUAUUUACUAAACCUAAAAUUAAAAAUUACAGAUUCUGCUGUCAAAAUUGGGUUACCUUCCGUGAAACAGAUAUUGUUUUGCUGGUUUAAAUGAAUUAGAAAGGGAACUGUGGGGAUUUUAAAUAGCUGAAUUGUAAAGAUCCUGCAAUUCAUGCUAUAAUGGCUGUACAGAUAUAAAUGUAUCAUUCUGGGUUUCAGUCCACAAACGUUUACCUUUUAGUGAAUACAGGUUUUUGUGUUUCUGGGAAUAAAAUAAAAAUAAUCAAAGAAUAAAAAAGUAUAGAAUACUCUAAAUGGCACAAGCAUAACAGUUGAGUUAGUAUCAUCAAGCAUUCAGUAAUUGCUCAGCAUCUAAUUCCUGGAUAAUUAAUUAUUACAGGAAUAAACGUGUCCUGCGGGUGCAUUAUGUGCAGAUUUGUUUUUGCAAUACAAAGUGUAGCACAGACAAGUAAAAGCUUUAAGGGCAGUUUGUGUGAUGUGGUGGGGGAGGAGACAAUUAAUUAAUUCCCCUGGUUCUUUACCCCAUGGGCUGGGGGGCUGGGGUGAAGCCUUGAAUGUGGGGCUUUUUUUCUCUCUAAUCCCUACAGUUGGUGGGAGCAAGAGUUUAGUUUAUCCCCAACCAGCUAUGUAACAAAAUAUGGCAAGUACCGAUACACUGGCAUAUAAAUGCUUGUAUGAUGGUCUAGUAAAAAUUUAAUUUGUAGCCACUGAUGAGCAAUAUAAUUUACCUUAUGUUCAUCGUGGUUGCUGAAUCUCUAUCAAAUGUAUAAAUUCAAUUGAUCAUGAGUUACAAUCCCUAUUAUUAAAUCACACACCUACUCUAUUAUAACUGCUCAGUGGUUUAACACCUAUAAUGGAGAAGUUUGGUAGUUGUUGAAAGUUGACAACAGUGCAUUAUUUUGUCCAUGUGAUUGUUUAGUUCCAGAUGAUUUGGUAUAGUUUAAAGGGACACUUCAAGCACCAUGCAGGAAGGCUAUGGUGCAAGCACUCUGAGUGCAAACCUUACAGUUUUGUUAUGCUGGUUUCAUUUGGUGGCACCUGAUGUCUACCCCUUCUGUUUGGGAUACGAUUAGAUGAUGUUUCAUGUUCCUCUUUAUGUGCCUUAAAGGGACACUAUAGUCACCAAAACAACUUUAGCUUAAUGGAGCCAUUUUGGUGCAUAGAUCAUUGCACUGCUGUCUCACUGCUCAGUUCUCUGUCAUUUAGGAGUUAAAUCACUUUGUUUAUACAGCCCUAGGCACACCUCCCUGCAUGUGACUUACACUGCCUUCACACUUCCUGUAAAGAGUCAUCUAAUUGUUACACUUCCUUUAUUGCAAAUUCUGUUUAAUGUAUAAUUUCUUAUCUCCUGCUGCAGGAGCCUCCUGUAUGUAAUAAAGGUCCAAUUUACAGAGCAGUAGAUAAAACCUUUGAGACUGCAGAGGCAUGAUCUAUACACUAUAACUGCUUCAUUAAGCUAAAGUUGUUUUGGUGACUAUAGUGUCCAUAUAAAUAUUUAUACCGGUAGAUACAGCUUUGUGGUUUCACUGUUAACCUUAUUUUUAAACCAAGUAGAAUCAGUGCUGAAAGGUUUAAAUGCAAUUCACUGUGGUUAUGCUUAGAAUUUUAUGGUGUUUAUGCACUGUUCCUUUAAUUAUGUAAUGGUCAACCCGGCAAGCCCACACUUAGGUAAAGAUGCAUGUCAUUCAUGGUAUUUUCAAUGUUUAAGCAUUAAAAUAACAAUAAGAAUUAAUGGCCAACUUGUCCAAAUAACCCUGGAAAACAUUGGUUUGAUUCUAUAGAAUCUAUAGACAUUUUCUGAUACAAUACAAAAUUGAAAUGGCACUGAGUAGCCUCAACAUUCUUAACGCCAGACAAAUUAUAAUACUCUGUUCACGUUAUUUUCAUUUAAUAAAAUGGAAAAAUGCAUUGGUGUCUAGGCAAACAAAAAUACUCAGGAUUAUUUGCUAAAUUGUGAAUUGUUUAUUUAUUUAAUUAUUUAAAUUAUAGCAGAAGUGAAAGCUAACUUGAUUUUUUUCUUUUUUCGAAUUCGGUGACUAAAAAAUGGAAUUCACUUUGAACUCCCAUUUUUAUUCAUCCUUAGAGUGUGUACUUAUAAGGACAACAAAUUUUUUUUUAAAUAAAAUCUAAAUCUUUUCUCUCUUUAACGUGUUUUUUUUUUUUUAUUGCAGGUGCAAUGAUGCCUUCCAAAACAAAAGUCCCACUUGUUAUUUCUGUACUUUUUCUUGUAAUCAGUAUAUCGGUUAUCAUUUCAAUUUCGUACGUUCAAAUGAACAAAGAACAGACACUUUCUCCUGGACUCAAGGUAUGUUGGCAGAGCUAGCACUUGAUGACAAUAUGUGAGAAUGCAAUAUUUGAAUUUUCAAAAGAAUUAAAGAGGCUCAGUCACACCCAACCCCCCAAUAUAUGGAUAAUUCCAUAAAUAUAUGAAUCUUCAUGAAAUAAACCAUAAAAACUGUGUUGGAAUUUAAUUGAAAUACCAAUGCAAUCAAAACAUACCAUAAGACAAAAUUGAGACUCCUCUACCUGAUGUAUUUUCCCUCCACUUGACAAAACUUGACAUAAGGCGGAGGUACCACCAUUAAGUCAUUUUACUUCCCCCAGGCGUAACUAGUGGUGGCUGUGGGAAAAAGGCAUUUUCUCGUUCAUCACAUGACAAUAUUUAUUGAGACUCCUGCAGCCGGCUUGCAGUAAAAUUUUCCGGCGAAUUGCAUUCCGGCGAAUUAAAACUGGUGAAUUCAAACUAGUGAAUUAAAAUUGGUGAAUUCCAACACACGAAUGAAAACAGAUGAAUUCAAACACACAAGUUAAAACUGGUGAAUUCACACAGGCGAAUUCAUUGCCCCUGGAGGUGCUUCCUGGCUCAGUGCUGCACAGUAGGCAGCACUGCCGUUCAGUGUCCCUGUGGUCUGCAUGGAGAUGCUGAAUUUUCCUUAUAGAGAUGCAUUGAUUCAGGUGGAGGUGCUGAUUGGCAAAAACUGUGUUUGGCCCCACCCCUUGCCGAUUUUAGUCAAUCCAAUGCUUUCCCCACGGAAAGGCAUUGGAUUGCCUAAAAAUCGGCAAUUCUGAUGAUGUCACCAAGGGUGCGCAUUAGAUUUGAUGGCACAUUAGAUUCAAGUAAAUACGGUAUAUCUCAAUUCUGCUGAAUUCCCAGUUCACUGCACACCAAGAAGUGAUGUCACCAUUGGGGGUCUUUGCAAAAUAUGCAAAGACCCCAGAAGGUGACAGAGCCACUUGAAGCCACACCAUUUUUUGAUAAUUCUGGCAUUGUUAUUUUGCAUGAUUAUCUCAGCUGAAUUUGUAAUAUAACAUAAGGAGAAAAGAUGGCACUGCAUGUGCCUUGGUCACUGUCAAAAGAACUAGAUUCCCGUUAAUUUGAUAAGAGAUUUAUAAAUAACAAAUUGAGCUCUGUAACGUAUACAUGAAAAAUUGUAUGGAAUUGCUGGGCACUUAUUAAGAUUUUGACAUUGGAAUUACUUUUUUUUAAAAUAAAAAUAUGCUAUAUUUUUGUGAAAUGUACCAUAAAAGGCAUUAUUUGGGGGCACUCCGUCCCUGAAGUUUAGGAAGACGUCACUAGAGAUGGCUUUAACCCUAAAUGUUUGGCAUUGCAGAGUUAAAAGGACAGGGCCACUGCCCCUUGACCACUUAAUUGAGAUGAAAAGGUCUAGGUUACCAUAGUGACUCUUUAACUUAAAAUUCUAGUUAACUUAAAAAGACAAAACCAUGCACAUAUGGCACAGUAGGCUGAUAACGACACCUUUAGUCACAUACAGUGCUUUGAGUACAUUGAAGGGGGUAAAGGAAGCUUUGGGUAAGUAUAUCACUUACUUUAUACAUUUAGAAUGGAUAUUGCCAGCACAGUGCAUAGAUUCUGAUUGCAUAUUAUCUUGUUUUGUUCCAGUAUGGAAUAGUGCUGGAUGCUGGAUCGUCUCGGACUACAGUGUACGUAUAUCAGUGGCCGGCUGAAAAGGAGAACAAUACUGGGGUGGUGAGCCAGACUUACAAAUGCAAUGUUAAUGGUAAGAAUGUCCUGCUUUCAUUGUUCACAAUCUACUUUAACAUGGAAGGUAGUACAGGCUUUCUAGAUAACAAAGAAGCCAGCUUUCCUCUUACAAUGUUUUAUUACAUGAUCAGUAAAUAGAAAAGUCUCUUUUUUUUAUUUACAAUGGAAAACUGCGCUUCAUGGUUUACUGUAGCAAUGUCUGCCUUUGAAAUAGAUUUGUUUAUUGUAACAGUGUUAUAGCUUGCGUUCUUCUCUUGGGAAGUGUAAUAAUGCUGCUCUGUAGAAAAAACAAUCAACAUAAAUGAGAACUAUUAAAUGAGUCAUUUUUGUAUAAAAAGCACAGCAUAGAAUUAUAUUGAAAUAUUGUUCAUUUAGCCCCAUAAGAAAUCUCUGCUAUGCAGGUUAUACAGCUUGAUCAAGAAUCUGUAGUAAAGAACAUGACAUUUGCAUCCUAGGAGCAUAUACUUUAAAAACCUUUUUUUCUGUUUGUGCUGCAGACAUUACAUGCAAUUUAGAGUUUUUAGCAAGUUCUGUGACUUUUCUGUGCAUUAUCUGGGAAGGUGUUUGUUCAUGACCUUUGUGUCAAUACUGUUUUUGUUUUUUCUCACCAUACUAAUAUAAGAAUGUAGCACUGUUUCAGUAUAAAGUUGGAUUGCUAUAUGCAAUGGCACUCCAGAGCAAGUUUAUGAAAGUGAAAAGUACAUGUGGCAAUGAUUUUAUUAGAACUCGGAGUUGUAGGAGAUUGCAUUAGGCUUUAGUUAACUUUUUCUGCUUUUUUUCUGCCAUGAAUAUUGUAAACGGGGAAUCUGUGCUUUUUGUGAGCAGUUUGUGUGAGAAAUCCAUGAAUCUGUGAAUCCUCUAUAUCAGGCUGUAACAAAGGCAUACAAAGACACAUACAAAGACAUUUAUAUUUCUAACACCAUCUUCCAAUAAUUCCACUUAAUUGCUGAAGAAAGGUUCAAGAAUAAUAUGAGUCCAAGGAUUGAGUCAUUGUGUAUAAUGACUGAACUAAAACGGUCAGAAAGUGGUAAUGGCAAAGAUAACAAUGAAGACACCAUGAAUGUGGUGAGACAUGUAUAACAGCAAACAAAGAUACAGUGAGUCCACUGGUGAAAUGUAAACACAGACAUAAAAAUUAGCAAAGUGGUUUUAGAGAAUUAUUGGACUUUUUAUGUAUCUCUUAGAAACUGUAUAGGUAAAAAACAAAAUCCCCCUGAAAGCGUACAGGAGAGGCCUUGUCAUACACCUGCUGACGGCGGCGAAACCGCUCAUUCCAACGAUGUGGAAAAGCCCGACAGUUCCCACAUACCAACAAUGGAUAGACAGGGUGGAAGUGAUCUACAAUAUGGAAAGGAUGACGGCCUCCCUACAGGGACGCACAGAAAAAUGUGCCCUGACGUGGUUCCCGUGGAUGGACUACAUAUCCAAGAAAGCAGCGAGAACUGACACGGGAGGGGACGUGGGCGCCGCCGCGGUGGCACAUACAUUCCCGACAGAAGGACACACACCCUCCGGAGCCAACGCACUUGACUAAACCCCAUAAGACAGGACACAACCCACAUCCCUCCCCAGCCUUAUCCCAACCCCAGGACUCACUAACACCCGACAGAGUCUAGGUACAGACAAACAAAGUAAGGACUUGAGAAGUCCCGAACCAGAAUAGGCAACCCACGACAGUACAUACGAGAGGACGGACAGGAGGAGACUCUCACGAUACACUCGGAGAACACCAACGCACUCUGGUCCCGCUAGGAUUCCCCAGGCAUAGGGAGCGAGUGGAACCAAUUACAGUAAACUAAUACCUGAAAUCGAAAAAAGGCACCCCAACACAAGAGGGAAGACGACUAACACAGAAAACCACGACAUGGACAGCCACCAUGCAUGCUCAUACACUACAGACACAAUAGCAUACCACCACACCUUACACCCCUCACUACAAAUGGGUAAGCCACCGGCGACCACAAGUAGACACGCAACGCUCACACUAACCCAACCAAAUGACAGCACCGCAGACGGUAACCAACACCCAUCUUAUCCGGACCCGACUCUGUCCCGGCACACAACACAACACACAAAGUCCAAGGCAACACCACACCCGGUAUCAGCCACAAAAUCCACAUACACCUAACUCUUAGUCGCACACACUCAUAAUAUCUCCAACACAACUAACAAAGGACCCGCCAGGAAACAGAUACACAAGAAGCAAAAAGCAUAAUGUGCCAACGACAAACCUGGGAACCUAACAAGGCUACCGACGUAGGCAGCAGAACUCCAAAUCUCACCUAUAAACACUAGACCACAUCAUAGCUAGACAAAGAGACCUAAGCUAUGCGCGAACCCAGGGCCACCCACACACACGGACCCGGGGACAUCUCCUCACUCACCUGAGUUACCACCCACCCCGACUGUUGACACACAUAUACGAACAAGCCAACUCGCGGAAAAAGACGGUUUCCACUCUUCCGAACACACAAAGGUAACUAGACCCCUCUCUAGCUACUAACUAAUGAUGCUAUUACCUGCUACCACAUCAAAACACCCAUCUGUAUUGUUUCAUUAUGACUGUUCAGACAACUUUGUACUAUGUAACUACGCAACAACGAUGUUAACAUACGAGUAUGAAAAAUAAAUAAAUAAAGAAUGUAAAAAAAUAAAUAAAAAAAAAUAAAUUCCACAUUCAUAUAUGAUUUGCUUUGCUGACAAUAUAUAGAUGAUGUUAAGGUAGCAAAUUAGCUAACGGUAAUAAGUGCUUAUUUUUACUGAGCUCUAAAAUGUAGUGAUUUGAACUCCACAUAGCAAAAAUGGCUAAAUUAGCCAUGCUGUGCCUAUAAGUCAGUUGGAUUUUUUUUUCUUCCAUGUUUGCAUAAUUUAUUUUUCUUUUCUUUUGUAUAUCGAGUUUUUAUUUUGUUAUUAAUAGAACAGAAAUGAAAGACCAUCAAAGUAACUCAAGACUCGCAGGUCUCUAUUGCAGUAAAAAAACAAACUUAUGUCUGCCUAAUUUUUGCCAAUCAGAGUUCAGCAAAUCUGUUUGAGUUUUAUAAACGUUGAAAUAUACUCUUUCAUUGACAGCAAUGUAUUUUCAGCUGGGUUACCGAAGGCCAGUAUGUACACAUGGUAAUGUUUUCACGUCUACCCUGUAACUAUUUAUUGAACCACCACUUAGCCUGUGGUUUUAGGUCAGGGAAUAUCCAGCUACACCAAUGAUCCAGCUAAAGUUGCCCUGAAUAUUGAUGGAUGCAUGAAGAAGGUGAGGGAAAUUAUCCCAGCCAACCAGCAGAACAGUACUCCAGCUUACUUGGGUGCCACAGCUGGAAUGAGACUCCUCCGGUGAGUACUUUGCUGAAUAAAGUUUAUUGUAAGAGAGUUUAGCUCACAUACCUGUGUGACAUAUCAGUUAAAGGAACGCCCAAGCACUCUUGUUGGGACAAGUUUAUUUAAAUACUUCAGAAGAGAUCCUAUGAUACCGAAUGUUUUCUUGUGGAAUGUGCUGCUAAUGAUGAUGACGAUUUAUUUGUUUGAAAGGCAUGGUCUUGGAAUUGAUCUUGGAACUUACUGAUUUUUUUUCCAGUUUCUCACAAUAUUAUUUCCUGUGUACUGCUUAGGUUGAAAAAUGAAAGUGCGGCUGAAGAGAUCCUGACCAGUAUUCAGAACUACUUUCAAACUCAACCAUUUGAUUUUAGAGGAGCUCAAAUUAUUACUGGUCAGGAUGAAGGUGUCUAUGGGUGGAUCACGGUCAACUAUUUAAUGGGAAAUUUCUUGGAGGUGUGUGCAGACAAUUGCAUGUUUCUAUUUCAUUUUGUAUUAUUUACAUUACCACCAAAUUCUUGUUUGUUCGGUUAGGGUUGUAUAUUAACUUGUUCAUAUGAAUAAAUUUUUUAAUAGUUCAUUUUGAUUCUAAUUUCAAAUUUAUCUGUUUACUUUGAUAGGUCAAUCACUCUGUUCUCUUCUGCCUAGGCUUCCAAGGUCAUGAAAUGAGUCAUGGGUUGGGGCAAGGUUUGAUGUAGGUGGUGUACGAUGGACUAGGUGUGGGUAACAAUGGGUAAAACCAGAUUGAAUUAUGGCAGAGCUGGUUAAGACAUGGCCUAGCUGCUGAUUCCAAAAAUUCAGUCACCACAACAUUCUACAUUUAAUUUGCUGUCCUCUGAAUCACUGCACAGAGGACUGCAUUGGAAUGGUAGAAUGGAGGAAAUUUGAGAUGGCAAAAAAAACAAAACUUAUACUUGACAUAUGUAUUUUGUUUAAAAAAUUCUUAAGGAAACCAUUUCAUUUUCUAAAAGAAGGUUGUUGACAAAGCUGAUAUUAUUAGCAGUGUUAAAGAAUUCAAAUAGUAAUAUAAUAGGAGACUAUUAUAAAAUGAAUUAUAUUCAAAUGCAAUAAAAAUAAAUGAUGCAUGUCUUCUAAAUUACACUGUUCUGGAUGGACAGUUCCUCAUAAGGACACAAAUGACUUUGGCCCUACUUUCUACCCAGGUGUCUCUCUUAUGUAGGAGUCUAGAAUAGCUGAUCGGGCUUAAAAUAUCACAGCAAUAAUACGCAGUUUUAAAUUACAGUAUUGUGUUCAUUAUGGCCUAUUUUUUUUUUCUUCAACUUUUAAUUUAGAAAAACAUUUGGAGAGCUUGGGUACGACCUCAUGGAGCUGAGACCACUGGAGCUUUGGAUCUGGGAGGCGCCUCUACACAGAUAUCUUUUAUUCCAGAGAUGAUAGACCAGAAUCCGAAUAGCACAGUCCAGGUUAUUCUGUAUGGAUAUCAAUACAACAUCUACACGCACAGCUUUCAGUGCUAUGGGCGAGAUGAAUCCGAGAAGAGACUUUUAGCGUCGUUAGCUCAGGUACAAAAACAAGAGAUUUUCAUGAAAUGAAAGCUGCAUAAAAUGUGUGUUUUUCACUUGUGUCAUUACACACUAAGUUACGUUUAGUAAUAUGGGUUGAAGGUCACCAUACUUUUCUCCUCUGGACUCUUUUGAAUGUUAAUUACAUACUUCUAAACAUGGAGUAAAUGUGAUGUAACUCUUGAUCUCUGGAAGAAACUGGUGGAUCUCUGUGCUAAAAGACAAUUUAAAAUAAAAUGGUCAAGUUUUAGAAACUCUUCAAAUCAGGGGAGUGUGACAUAUGUUUUCCAGCUUUGCAGUAUUGGCCUAUAUUCUAAAGAUUCUAGACUCAUGAUAUGAAGUUAUAUUUUCAAGGUUUUUAUUUUUAAACAAGGAAUAGGAGAGGUGAAUACAACUUUGUUUCACACCUAUAUUUUUUUUUUUUACAAACGUAAAGCAGUAAAAUAAUACCUGAUGACUGACAGAUCAGUGUGUGUAUGUUUAGUUAACUCUUUUAGUUUUGACAUAAACCCAACAUUUUGUUUAAUAGGUCAAAAAUGUAAAUUUGAUAAAGAUCCUUGCAUAGUCCAAGGUUUUAUAGGACAUUCCAGGCUGGAGUUUACUACCAUUUUUCUGUUGCACAAUUUAUUAAAAAUAUAUGUCUACAAAAUACAAAAAUAUAUUCUUCAUUGAUGAUCCAACGUGUGUAGCAAAUCCCCUCUCUGCUCAGUCCAAGAGGUAGCAGAAAACAUUUUAGCCAAUCUUCACACUCUUGUUAUCUUUAAUAUUAAAGCUCACCAUAUCUCAUAAACCACUGUCUUCCAGCGGUUGACAUUAAAAUUACAAAUAAUUUGGAAAAUUGCUGCAGAAUUGCCACAGGUUGCUACAGUGGUUAUGAUGCUUGGAGUGGUCUUUUAAUCUGUUCAAAAGGCAUACGUUGCCAUAAUGCUCGUAGUGUCCCAAUAAAUGUACUUUCACUAUGAUCUUUGGUCAUUUAUGAAUACAUUUAAUAAUAUGUGGUUGAAAAGUAUUGAUUUUGAUUGAUAAUUGGUAUUCUUCAACACAUUUCCUUUUGUGAAGAUUUGGUAAUCCAACCGUAAAGUAUUGCUGGGUGCAGCCUAUUAUACUGUUGAGCAGUAUAAAUUACCUUAACAGCACACUAUAAUGGUAACUUGAAAUGUCUAUUCUAUAUUUGAAUCUUUUAGAAUUCCAUUGGGAAACGUGAUGUUGAAAACCCUUGCUACCCACAAAAUUACAUGACAAAUUUUACUUCAAGUCAUGUAUUUGGAAGUUUGUGUUCUGCACCGUUUCGUCCAGCUAAUUACAAUCCAGAUAAAGUCAUCAAUUUUAAGGGAACUGGAAAUCCAACUAAGUGUCUUGAGAAGGUGGCCUCACUCUUUAAUAUCACAUCGUGCAAUGGCGAACAAGAUUGUUCAUUUGAUGGAAUUUACCAACCCAAGGUGAAAGGGCAAUUUUCGGUAAGCAUUACAUUAUGUGGACAUUGUUUAAUUUACUAAACAUACUAAUUUUAAAGACUGGGCACAUACGUUCACAUAUAAAUUUGAAGUAAACAGGGACAGUAGCAGAUAGGUGCUCUGCUCUGAAAAGGGAGAGACAAGAGGAAGAAGAAAAUGGAAAUGAAACAGAACAAUCUGAAAAAUCUGCGAGAGGGCACCGCAAGAAGAAAUGGACUAAAGGAAACCUUUGAAAAAGCCAUCCCCACGCUUGGAGACAAUGGAACAAAAUUAAGUCCAAACCUCUGGGAGGUAGAUGGGGAAGGGAGAAAGUAAAAGGGGGUGUAAUCUGAAAGGACAUUUCAGGAAGAUACCAUGAAUCAAGGCAAUCGAUUCUUCAUUAUCCUAUCUGCUACAUAUGAAAUGCCAAGACACUGAUUAAGAGUCUAGGUCAAGGUGGGGAGGGGGAAGUUUAGAAGGCAUGGCCAAACCAUUUUUUCCCAAAAAUAUGUAUAUAUUUUUUGGGAACAUCUGAGUUCAACAAAUAUAACUAUGGUUUGGCAGAAAUUCGGUACCGAGAUUCUGAUUCGGUAACAGAAUCAGAAGAACAAAGAAGGUGGGAAUAUGGGCCAAUCAGUGUGCUGCAAAAUAUGUACAUAAUAUGAUAUAUAUAUAUAUAUAUUUUGUUAUAAUUCUUGAUUUAAGAGAGUCGGGACAGCAUACACAUGACAAUGACACAGUGUAGAUAUGCAAAUCAUAGCAAACAAUUAAUCGAAGUACAUAAUAUGCAUAGUGGCUGAUUACAUCAGAGACGCUGAGAAUCACAAUGUACAAUGCAUUGCAGUUUGGAAUUAUCAGAGAAUAUUACAAUCAUUAGCAACCCUGUAUCCCUGUAUGCCCCCAAAGCAGAUGUGAGAAUAACCACAAUAAACUGCUUUUCUAACUAUAUGCACUAUAUGUUGGCAAGAAAGAAGGCAAAAGAGGGAGGCGAGGAAGAGAGUAAAAAGUGCAGAAACACGGGAACCCCAGUCCCAUCCUAGGCUCUACGUCUAACCCUUACUAGAGCUAAAGUCCCUCCAUGGAUCCCAUAUUUUGGUGAAAGAAGGUGAGGAUCAUCUGGCCUUGGCAGUCAAUUCGUCCAUGGGACAAUUGUCUUCUAUUUCCAGGGUUACAUCCUUUAAGGGAGGAGGCUCGGAUGCCCAAUGGGCUGCUAAAGUAAUUGCAUUUAAUCGUUUUUGAGAAUAUUUGGGAAGGCCAUCCAUUGGGCAUGAAAGCAAAAUAACCAGGGAGAAAAAUCUAUUGGUCUUUGGAGUACUGCCUCAGCUGGGUAAAAUUCAGAAUCACACCCCCCAUGUUUGGCAUUGUGCAGUUCAGUUUGUCCUCGAUUCGGGUACAUUUCUGUUUGGAGUUCAGGAAUUCAUCUGAUUGGCUUAAAUUGCAGGUUGGCCUGCUACAAAUCUCCAAGUCUGCUGUUAAACUAUUUAGUAGUAUUUAAGAAAAUGGCUGACAUAGAUCCCAUCUUGUAUAUGUAGGGUACUGUAGAAAUAUAGUUUAUGUGUAUUUCCAGCUUUUAGUUAUAUGAGUAUAGUUGGGUUUUUUAAUUUCAAUUUCUUAAAAUACAUUUUACAUACCAUAAAUAUAUAUUUUUUCACAUUUAUUGCUUAGUAAUUACUAGUUGUUUACUUUAGAAAACUACAUAAACAUUUAUUUUAUAAUUAUUUAUCUUAUUAUUUCGUUUAUUUAUAUUUUUCAAUGAAAAACAAAAUAGAAUGUUUAUUCAAUCUGAGACAACAGAGUAUUACUAAAUAUUAAGAAAAUAUGACGUUGUCCAAGUUCUAAUUAAAAUAAUAGUAGUAUAGAUGGCAGGGAGUUAACAGAGCUGGGUAAUUUUGUCUCCAGUCCUAAUAAGUGUAAAUCACCAUGACAACACAUUUUCCUUAAUGUAAAUGUUCAACAACAUCACAUAAAGGUCACUUAAAUUAAACAGACCAUCAAGAUUAAUAUUCACUCCUCCUUUUAUUACAGCAUAUGAUUCAUUAUCAUAAAAAAUUAUGCUUUAACAAACCUUCCAUAAAGGUCUUCUGAAUGCCUGUUUUAACACUUACUAUUCUUUAAAAGCCGUGUUUUUGCCGUCAUAGGCAAUGUCAAAGCUUGGCUAUACUAAAACACUCCAGUAGUGAGAAGGACAAACAGCAAUAGCCCUGGGAUACCCACCCACACUGUGCUACUUGCAUUCACCUUUCCUUGAGGUGAGGAAACUUGGCUACAGCAAGUGCCGCGUGCGCAUUCAAACAGUCCAUAGGAAAGCAUUUCUCAAUGCUUUCCUAUGGAAGUUCUGCAAGUUGGAUGAGAAUUUCGCAUCCAGCGUCGCAGAUGCGCCUCUAGCGGCUGUCAGGAAGACAGCCACUAGAGGCUGGGUUAACCCCCUAAUGUAAACAUAGCAGUAGUGCUAUUUACAAGCAUUUGUACUGCUACUAGGCCUUAUUAUGUCUGAGUAUCCUGGUAUCUCUGGUAUUGGUUACUGCCAUUUUGUAGUACUUUCCCAACAAAAGGCAUUGUUUAUGAAUAAGCAAAUUAAAACUCAACUAGUGUGACCUGCGAUAAAAAUAGAUGUAAACAUGCUUCAUUUCAUGUGAAUUCAAAAUGGAGGCGACCUGAUAAUAUUAGAGAAUUGCUCCAUGUUGAAUGUUUCUGCACUUUUCCUUAUACGGUUGUUAUUCAUGUCAAUGUGUUCCUUUUAUUUUGCACAGGCAUUCUCAGGAUUUUAUUAUACCGCAAGUUCCUUAAAUCUCACUGGAAAUUUUCCGUUAAAUGAAUUCAACUCAAGUAUGUGGAAUUUCUGUAAUCAAGAAUGGAGUAAGGUUUGUGUGAAAUGCAGAUAUUUUCAGAUAAAAUUUACAAAAAUUAGCGUUAGUGGAAUUUGUUUUAAAGUUGUAGAUAAUAGUACAGUAGUUAGAAAUAUAACAGUGGCUUAUUCACAGACUGGGGGGAAAAAACGGUUGCUACCUUUUACUGCCUCUAGAAUAACAUUAUAUAAAUGUGUUCAAGGAAUAUGCAAAUUCCUCUGUCAACCUGUUUAUUAACAGGACUGUGCAAAUAAUAACUGUUUUAAAUAAAGCAUAAGAGAAGGAAUGGAUUGUCUUUUUUUAAUACCUUAUUAAAUAUGUGGCUUACAACUAAUUUUAUUAAAAAAAUAGAAAAAUUAUCUUCGAGUGAACCCAGUAAGCAUAGCAUUAAAUAUGGUAUGCUAUAGUUUCCCAGAGACAUUAUUUUUUAAUUGUGUGUGUGUGUUUCGGUAAUAAUUACAAUUGUUUGUUUGUUUGUUUGUAUUUUGAAGCUUCCACAGAUUUUAAGUAGGUUUGAAGAAAAAUAUGCACGAUCCUAUUGUUUUUCUGCAAACUUCAUCUAUUAUCUUUUGGUUUAUGGAUAUAAAUUCGAUGCUGAAUCUUGGCCACAAAUUAAUUUCCAGAAAGAGGUAAGUCAUGUGUACUUUGCACUGUAUGGUAUAUAUGGUCUGCAGGAAGGUGUGUUAGAAAGUCACCUGUAAUCAAUACAGAUAUAUUUUGUAUGGAUUUGUCUACUUCUCAAUGCACACACAUUUCUCAGUAUGGUGGGAUAAGUCCAGGGCCGGACUGGGAAGAAAAUUCUGCCUGGGCAUUUUUUAAUUACAGCGGCCCAUUAAAAAGUUUUGUCAUCACCAAUGGCAAGCACGCCCCAUCACAAAGUGAGCAUGUUGGUUCAAUGCUCUUCCAGGGCAGACCAUGCGCAGAGCUCUGCUGAAGAGCUCUAGCAUGAGAAAAAGACCCCGUAUUUGUUCUGCACAGCGCAAGCAAAUUUAAAGGACCACUCUAGGCACCCAGACCACUUCAGCUUAAUGAAGUGGUCUGGGUGCCAGGUCCCUCUAGGACUAACCCUUUUUUUUAUAAACAUAGCAGUUUCAGAGAAACAGGGAAAUAGGGUUAAUCCAGCCUCCAAAGCCUCUAGUGGCUGUCUCAUUGACAGCCGCUAGAGGCGUUUGCGUGCUUCUCACUGUGAAAAUCACAGUGAGAAGACGCCAGCGUCCAUAGGAAAGCAUUGUAAAUUCUUUCCUAUGAGACCGGCUGAAUGCGCGCGCAGCUCCUGCCGUGCAUGCGCAUUCAGCCGAAGAGGAGGGUCGGAGGCGGAGAGGAGGAGGAGAGCUCCCCGCCCGGCGAUGGAAAAAAGGUAAGUUUAACCCCUUUCCUCUCCCCAGAACCUGGCAGGAGUGGGACCCUGAGGGUGGGGGCACCCUCAGGGCACUAUAGUGCCAGGAAAACAAGUAUGUUUUCCUGGAACUAUAGUGGUCCUUUAAUAACAUGCUUGCACUGUGUUUGCUUGAAAUUUGUCUCCAUAGAUGGGAUACCAGGAGACAAAAAUGCAAGUUAAAAGUAUUGUGCAGUGUGAGUGUGUGAAGGUGCUGUGUGUGUAAGGGGUGUAGAGUGUGUGUGAGGGGUGUAGUGUGUGUGUGAGGGUGCUGUGUGGGUAAGGGUUCUGUGUGUGUGAGGGGUGCAGUGUGUGUGUGCGCGAGUGAUGAGUGCUGUGUUUUCGUGAGGGUGCUAUGUGCGUGUGAUGAAGCUGUGUGUGAGGGUGCAGUGUGUGUGUGAGGGUGCUGUGAGUGUCAGGGGUGCAUUGACACUUUGUGUCCAUUGUCCAUUUCUAAUUCGCUUAAUUCCUAAUCUUGUUUCAUAGAACCACUUAUUUUUGCUAUAUCAUUUGUCCAGUUUGAUUUGAAACUAUGGAAAAUAACAUGGUAUGGUCGUCAAUUUUUGCAGUGCUAAAUUAUGAGUUCCGUUUUCUAAUUUUACUUUUAUUGACAGGUCGGUAACAGCAGCAUCGCCUGGUCCCUUGGAUACAUGCUGAAUCUCACAAACAUGAUCCCAACAGAGAGACCACUAAUAAUUCUUCCCAUGAGUUCUUCAUUAUUUGCUGGACUCCUGUCUCUAUUCACAACUAUAUCAGCAUUUUGCCUGGUCGUCCUCUUUAUUUUAUUAGUUCGUGCAUGCUAGGACAAAUAUCCUCAAACCUGGAUGUUGCAAACAAGCUGAAGGACAGACCUGCAUCUUCCUGGUUUGCAGUCACAGAUGUUGCGACCGUCCUGUCUUGGAGCGCUGUUCUUUCUGAUGCUGUGUACAGGUUGUUAGGAAGAUAUUCUAUGUUUACCAAGAUGUGUUCAGGCUAAAUAAUGUCAAUGUACAGAUCCAGCUCAGGGACACUAGCAUGAAAGGAGUAUGCAUGGAGUAAUCAUGACCAAGUUUUAUCUUACAUAUGAAAACAGAGCAGAGUAUAGGAAUUGAGUGAUUGAGAUCAGAAGGAAGGAAUUGUGAGGUAGGCAACUCGUCUAUUUAUUUUAUUAUUGAUUUUAUUGUAUGAUUAUAUUAUGUCAUGGAACAUUGUACAAUGUGAUUUCUGGUGGUAAAUCCUCCGAAAAGUAAAAAAAGGAAUGUGCCAUGUGACCUCCCAUCUCCCCAGUAAUAAAAAUAAAUACCUCCCUUCCCUCAA